UGUCCAGUAGGCUGCAGUUCACUAACAAAUUCCAAGCUCAGAAAGGGGGGGCAGCCACUGGAAAGUGUCACUAACGGUUUUAUUCAGAGUGGGUUACGUUUACCAAGAGGAGAAGACAAAUAAUUUAGCUUGCCAUUAAAUUCUGGUUUUUUUUGUAUUUCGUAGGCUACGAAUGGUCAUUUGAAUUUAACUUAAUCGUGAAAUCCUACAAACUUUGCUGCGUCCUCGGCUUCAGCCUAAUUAUAACCCGAGCUCGCGGCCAGUAACAGUAUCUCGUGGGUCAUAGUCGCGCGCUAUGCGGACACAGCCUCGCGCCCUGACUGGCCUUUUGACAACUUCCCCUGGUCACUGAAGGAAGGAAAAAACCCGCACGGAAUUCAACUUUCAAACCGUUGGAAAAACUAAGUGGCUGCUGGGCUUGCCAGAGUUUGGGAAGCACUACUUCUCAAAACAACAGACUUCAUUGUUAACUCCAGAGCCUUUCAGCUCUUGAUAAAGGUUCCUGAAUUAUGCCUGUCCCUCCACCUCCUCCGCCACCGCCACCACCUCCCCCAGCACCAGCACCACCACCCCCACCUGCACCUGCACCUGCUUUGGCUUCAGCACAAUCACGGACAGACCCUCCUAAAGUCCAGCGUUCUGAGGGAGGAGGUCGUAAUGCGCUUCUGGCCGACAUUCAGAAGGGUUCCAAGCUGAAAAAGGUUGCACAGGUCAAUGACCGAAGCAUCCCUGUUUUUGAGAAGCCUAAAGUAAGCUGUGUGGAUGACAGUGGAAGAUAUGGGGCAGUUGGGAAUUCUGCAAACACAGCAGGGUCUGCUGCACCUACAAUGGGUCCAAGUCUGGGAGGACUGUUUGCCGGGGGAUUUCCUGUACUCAAAGCAGUUGGACAAAGAGAGAAAUGUCCACAGCACAACCCAGUAUCUCGUUCAGAUUCUACUACUAGCCUGAAGCAGCCACUCUGGAAUCCUCCAUCACAGGGUGACGGAUUUAGAGGAAGUGCACCUGAUCUUUCCCCAUCCCACAAACCUUUGGAGAGAACCUCCUCUAUGUCUAAAGCUCGGCCCUUUUCCUCAAACAUGGCUCCACCCUCCCCCAACCAAACAGUACAUCCUACUUUGAAAAUUUCCUCUACACCUCCUUCUUCUGCCCCACCCCCUCCUCCUCCUAGUAAUAAACCCCCUCCUCUCCCCUCUGGUCCGCCUCCUCCCCCACCUCCUCAAAUGGCCAAACCCACUUGGUUACCUGUCCAAUCUCAAUCCAUUCCCAUGCCCACGUCUCCACCUCCUCCACUGCCUCCCUCGGUACCUCCAUACUCACUUUCUGACAGGUCAUCCGGUGUCUUCUUUCCUCCACCGCCUCCAUCUGUACCUCCAUCCUUGCUGCCUGACAGGACAUCUGGGGUCUUCUAUCCUCCACCUCCUCCACCUGCACCUUCAUCCUUGCUGCCUGACAGGUCAUCUGGGGUCUUCUAUCCUCCGCCACUUCCACCACCUUCAUCAGUACCUCCAUCCUCACACCCUAACAGGUCAUCUGUAGUCUUCUACCCUCCAUCCCCUUCUCCAGGCCUAUUAGAAAUGAACGACACUCAUUUAGGCCCUCCUCCCCCACCUCCUCCUCUUCCUGCUUCUUUCGCGCCCUCCUCAGCACCUCCUCUACCACCUCCAAAAGUACUUCCUUUGCCUUCACCCACAUACAGGCCCAGUGUACCACCACUGCCACCCUCCUACCCUUGUACUGCCCCCAGUAGACGACCCCCUGCAGUGCCUCGGAGUGCAGGUGCUCCACGGCUGGCUCCACCCCCCGCUCCACCAGCUCGUUCUUCUACCACUGAACUCUCCAGUAGGAUCCCACCUCCUCCUCCCCUCCCACUGUCAGCCCCACCCAACUCAGUACGGAAUGGACACUUGCACAGUUUAGAUGACUUUGAAUCGAAGUUUAAUUUCCAUCCAAUGGAGGACUUCCCCCCUCCUGAAGAGUUCAGGCCCUUCCCACGUAUCUACCCCAGCAAAGAGAACAAAGUCAACCCACAACCUCCUGCCAUGAGGACUCAUUUAAGAUGAAAUGUGACAAUACCAUUUUUGGUGCUAACCUUUAUCAGGACAUUUCAAAUCAUCUUAAACCCAAUUAUCAGUUAAGAACAGCAGCCAUAGUUGUUGAUUUAUUAAACUCAAUUACAUCAACCCAACCAACUGUAUACAGAAUCGUGACCAACUUUUUGUUUGAUGUACAAUGAGCAUGACAAUUUUUUGACAGAGAUGUAGACAUGCUCUCACACCAUCCACACAUAUCAAGAAUGAGUGUUACAGCUAUAGCCUUUUCACCUCUGCAUGAAAAACAUUAACCUUUAAUCUCUCUUUUCAUUAUUAAUAAACAAAGUGCUUUUAUAUUACAAUUUUAGUAGCAAAUUAUAUUCUUCUCCUAACAUUAAAGCAAUAUCACACGAGCAAGAGUGAGCAAUAGCAUGACUGCGAGUAUUAUAGUUUUUUUUGUACAACAGUUAACAAACAAGUAAAUAAUAUUGGAUAACUUUAAUUUUGGAUUCAAGUUAGUUCAAGCAAUUCUUCAUUGGCUGUAAAAAUAUUUCAAAAACAGCCCAAAGCAUUAAGCACAAUUCAUUUAAAGGGGUCAUGGCAAGAGGAAUACAGUUUACCUUGAUCUUUUGACAUGAGAUCAUACUAUUAUAGAAACAUACUGUAAGUUUCAGAACUCAAAACUUCCCCCUCACUGCAAAAAGAGCAAUUUUUGAAACCAAGCUGCCAAAACGACUCAUUUUCUUUGUGAUGUCACACUGUGGUAGACAUUUGCAUCCGACCACCUCCACAACAACACAUCGACACCUACUUUAUCUUUAAAUUCCAUAGCUCACCCAGCAGCGUUGAGCAGUGAGAAGGCAAAAGGAGAAAGCAGUUCAGUCAAAAGCAGAGAUAAUUAUAAAGGCCCAAACAUAUUUCAUGCUAGUACGCAAACUCAGACGCACAUUGCUACACAAGCUCAAUUCCACGCAUCGUUGCAUAGUGAAAUGUUUCAGUGCUCAAUUCGUAACCCAACGCAAGUACAUGCUGCAUUCUCUGUAUUGCCGCGAGGGGUGCUAGAUUGAAUUUUCUGUUUUCAGUCAACAACUGUCAUGCAAGAGCAGAAAUUUGAGGAGUCUUGCCAAACAAGUUAGAUUAUACAAACAUAUUUAGGACCCCUCCUACUCUCUCCAUUCGAAUAAAACAGCAAUUGAAAAUCCACUCUGAUAACGACACUUUAAAGAGAAAAUGGAAACAACUACUGGGCCAAUUUUUCAGAGCCAGGAAGAAAUGGAAAGGGGUCCGCAGCGGAGAUGCCACAACUAGCUAUGGAUAUCCAGUAAUUUCGGACAUGUUGGGAUGGCUUUUUGACUUCAUAAAAUAUCAGACCACAGAGUUAAACUUUCGUGAUUUGGUAUCGUGGUGCCUAAAAAGAACGUUUUUCGCCCACUUGUGGUUUGAGGUUUGUAACCGAUAGAGAAACGCAAGAGCGCACGUAAAAUAUGUACAAUGGGACCACGUGUAGGCCAUGCGUUGGCCAAGCGCUCGCGUAUGCGUUCACAUAAUUGUAUGAAGUAUGUUUCGGACUUAACAGUGAGCGUUUACUUCCAAGUCUUAAAGGUGAAGCAGCAACAAAACAGCAUUUCUGACAGAGGGUCAGAAUAAGGGUUGAAAAUGUGUGCAAAAAAAAAACUUGACUAAUAUUAUAAGUGAACCUUAAUGAACAUUUUAAAAUAUUUUAAUAAUUUAAAAAAGGCAUGUCAUGACCCCUUUAAAUAAAGGAAUUAUUCUCAUUAAUUUUCAUUUAUUUGGUUAUGAACGACUCAGUGUUGUUUAACGAAUCACUUAAUGAGUCAAUGAUUCACUCAAAACAUGAAAGAGGCUAUAUUUCGCCACAUGGUGGAGGAAACAUGCAAUCUGCAGAAAUGGUCACUAAAGAAAAUCAAAAUGAAUGCUGAAUUGAAAGCCCCAAUGCUUUUUAUAAAGCCAUGAACACAGAAAAGCAGGGUGAAUUUUUUUUUAUAAACAUCAGCACUCUUGGAACGCCACUUGACAAAUACAAUUUUAGCACCAGAACUAACUGUAGAAUUUUAAUUUCAAGUUAACGUGCCCUGAAGUGAGUACUAGGGCAAAUCAUUGAACCACAGAAUAAAUAACAGAAUGAAAGAAUGGAGAAAAAGAAAAAAAGGGAUACAGUCUCUUAACAAAUAAGGCAAGUGAGCAGCAAAAGAAGAAAGCAGUAGUAUUGUAUCUAUGCUUCCAGAUUAGAGAAGUCUUGUCAGUAUGUCUAUUUCAGAAACAAUGCAUCAGAAACCAAUCAGAAUCAGAUCUUUUUAAAAUUAACAGAACUUUUAAUUAACUGAUCAUAUGCAUUUCAUGUAUUUUAGAUGGACAGAGGAAUAAAACUGUGGAAUAACACUGCUUAAACUAACACGAGUGAGCUGUUUUUGGUUAAUAUUAUUCUGUUGCUGCUUUUUGUGAGCCAUUUGUUACUAAUUUGUACAUCUAACUUAUCAAAUCAAGACCUUUUAAGGAACCAAAGCAAAAAACACUCUUUGUUUUCUCAUAUUAUGCAUGUUUUAUGUUGACUUCUAGAGGAAUAGACUCAGGCAGGACACUGGGAAACAGUGCCACCAACCAGAGUUCACAUGCUUGCAGUUUUAUUGCUAUGACUAAAUAAAUUAUUGUCUUACCUAAACAGUGGAAGCCAUACUUAUUUCUGCAUAAUACAUAUUAUAAGAGAGUUAUGAUUUAUAAUUUCAUCAAACAUUGGACACAAUUCUAUAAAUACAAUAUUAAUAAUAAUAAUAAUAAUACAAUGAGUUACUAAUGCUUUGCAAGGCAUGUACUAGUGGCAUAUUCAUUAUUCUUUAAAAACAUGAUACAUACAUAUUGUAAACAUGCACAAAUGUACUCAUGCAUUUUCAA